AUGUUUGUACUGAUAGAUAAUGUCCUCGCCUACCUUCUUGAACAAGACGACCAAUUUGUAACCGCACGCUUCGCUAUCCAGGGCCAAAUAGUCUCAAGAAGAGUCAACAAAACACACAUCUCAGACAUCAACGAUCUCCUCCUACAACAGUUCAUAAAGUACACUCCCCCUUAUAAUAACAAUAUCGUUCCAAAAAAAAUCCUCGACAGUAUGAGAACCGCCGUACGGCAGUUGCUGGAAGCAACUGCCUGUGUCUCUAGAGAAUGCCUCCUCGUAAAAAGAAACCACGAAAUAAAAAGAGCAAGAAAACGUCUGCUCAGCGACUGGUAUAGACUGGCCGCUGAUGCAAAGAUGGAUGCUGUCUUGUUAGUGGUAAACUCUGCCUGGAGGUUUCUCAGCGUUUGGCGACAAUUCAUAACCUCAAUACAACAGGCUACUCAAGAAUUGUAUAAAAAAAUUGCUUACUACCUUCUUUAUGGUGAUGUAGACAUACAGAGCGUUAUAUCAUUAGUACAUGUAGUAACAGGUGAGGAAAAUAUACUUUUUAGUAUGGAUGAUGUACUACAAGAAGUCAUCAAAAUACAAUUAUAUUUGGAUAAACUCCUGCCGCAAAACACCCAGCAAUCGCAAAAGCCAUCGCCCUUUGACGCAGCAAACUUACUACUUAACUUUAGAGACUGGACAAAUGACAGUGCUCUCCUCCAUCAGCUGCUACUCUCCUAUCCCUCAAGUAAUCACAAUCACAAUCACAGAAAUCACUCCGUCCCUCGUCUAAUACAAAUUUGGUUAGAAUCUUACUGGAAAGACAGUCAGAACACUUUGAAAAAUAUCCUUACCUUUUGGUACAGCCACUUGGCUACCGAUAACGAAUAUCAAAGGCUUUUUACAGAUGCAGUUCAACUCCUUAUAGAUAAACAAAGAACAAGACAAUUAAAGGUCCACUACAUAGGUCGAUCCGACCAAGCAAUGGAAGAAACCAAGCCGUAUAUUGACUAUACUGAUUUAUUUAUCGAAUUUAAAUUAGACCAAACAAAUUUAAACGACGAAUUGUGCCAUACAGUGGACCUUGAUCAUCUCAUUUUACAAUGGAAAAAAUGUGAGACACUAGAAGUCGACGACUUUGCUCUUGAGGUGUCCCCUUGGUCACUUGCAAAAACGUUGACCAUCUUAGAAUCUGCUCUUUAUUUGAGUAUUGAAACAAUAGACUUUACAACGUAUUUCAGACAUAACGAUACAGCAAUUAACUCUGUUUUCAUGUUUUCAAAUCAACUGUCAUAUUACGUACUUGAGACAACUUUACAACAAACUCAUACCAUUUCCUAUUGGUUACAAGUUGCGUUAUCUUGCCUGUACUUACGAAACUUAAAUUCACUCGCUUCUAUCAUUACAUCAUUGCAAAAUCAUUCAAUUGAAAGACUAUCUCUUCCAGUAGACGCUAAAUCCGGCUACCUUUUUGAACGUUUGAAACAUGUUGUACAUCCAAGCAACAACUAUAACAUUUAUAGAAGGACAAUUCAACACAUUUCACUAAGCGAGCUUCCUUGUGUACCUUUUACAUCACUUAUUAUCAGAGAUAUUACAUUCAUAAGAGAUGGUAACGAAACAUUCAUUAAAGAUUCCAAUGAUGUAAACAUGAAAAAGUUUCAUCAAAUUACAAAGAUAAUAGCUUUUGCGCAACAAUUACAGCAAAAGGAAUAUGAAGAUACACAGUGUUCUGAAAAUACUCCCAGGAGUCUCUUAGGUGCCAUGAUAAAAGUCUAUCAAUUAUAUAAUGACAAUAAAGAUAGGGCAUAUCAAGUCAGCCUUGCUAAAGUUCCAAGAAUUAUGUAA